AUGCAACCCUCUUCGAUCUCCCCCUUUCCUUCUUUCCGCAACGGCUGCACAGAGCAUGGGAGAGGCAGCAGCGGCGGUGCAGCAGGUGGGGCGGACUGUCCUGGUGGUGGAUGCACACAUGCUGCCCUGGUGGGACCACCUCAUGCCACCCCUUUCUCAUCACCCCCUUUCCCCUUCCCCACCUCCCCCUCUCAUCCCCUUCCCUCGUCUUUCAAACCACGUGAGCAGAGCAUUGGAGAAGCGGCUGCAGCGGUGCAGCAGGUGCGGGCCACGGUGCUGGUGGUGGAUGCACACAUGCUGCCCUGGUGGGCCCACCUCAAGCCGCUCUGCCCCUCGCUGCGACUGGGGGUUCUUAUCUCUGAGGGGCCCACUGCUACCACUCCCUCCUCUGCCUCCUCCUCCUCAGCGCUGCUCUCAAUGGAUGAAGUUCUUCGAGUGGGCAAAAGGGCAAUCACGGAUGCUGGGCAACGCGCUUUCAACUCUUCCUGCCCAUCCCACCCAACCCACCACACAAAUUCCUCACCCUCCCAUCCUCCUCGCUCGCUUGCCUGCUCCUCUCCCCCUCCCUCCUCCUCCUCCUUCCUCCACCACAUACCCCUCCGCUUCGCCCCUCACCGCAUUGCACUCCUCUGUUUCACCUCGGGCACCACCGGCACCCCCAAGGCAGCUGCUCUCUCCCACACGGCGCUCAUCUUGCAGUCCCUGGCCAAGCUAGCAUGUGCGGGGUACCGCCAUGACGAUGCCUUCCUGCACGUGGCGCCUCUGUGCCACAUAGGAGGCAUCUCCUCGCUCCUCGCCAUGCUCACAGCGUGUGCUCGCAACGUCCUCGUGCCGCGCUUCCUCCCCUCCCACCUCCCCCGCCUCCUCUCCCGCCAUCGCAUCACGGCCCUUAUUGCCGUCCCUGCAAUGCUCACUGAUCUACUGAAUGCGUGCAGUGGCGAGAAAACCUUCAUCGCUGUCCCUGCCAUGCUCACUGACCUACUGAGUGCAUGCAGCAGCAAACAACCGGGGGAACAAGGCACUUCCUUCCCGCUCGUGAGAACGCUGCUGGUGGGGGGAGGCGCAUUGAGCCCAUCGCUGCAGCGGCACACAGAGGCUCUCUUCCCAUGCGCGCGCCUCAUGCUCGCCUAUGGUAUGACAGAAGCAGCUUCCUCCAUCACAUUCGCCAUGCUGCGGGACCCUGCAGGGGCAGAGACGGCUGGGGCACAGGCUAGUGCGAGGCCAGAGGGGCAAGCGCAAGCAGCGCCCUUUGACUCUACCGCAGUGCCAUCGUCUCCAGCGCCAGCAGCAGCAGCAGUGCUAUCACUACCAUCAUCAGCACCAACAGCAUCAGCGUCAGCCUGUUGUGUGGGCUUCCCUGCUCCCCACGUUCAAGUCUGCAUUGCGCCCCUCCCUCCAGAUGACACUCACCCUCCUCCUCCUCCCCGGCUCGACCCUCACUCAACCCUACCCCAUCAACACUCGCACUCCCCCCUCAAUCACCCCGCACUUCAAUCCAGCCAGCCCUCAGCUCACAAGUCUUGUCCUGUAGUGGGGGAGGUGCUAACCCGCGGCCCGCACGUGAUGAGUGGCUACUGGGGCAGGCCAGACGAAACCGCCGCAGUGCUCUCCCCAGAGGGCUGGUUGCGCACGGGAGACAUGGGCUGGAUCGACUUUUCCGGGCAGCUUUGGCUGCUGGGCAGGCGAAAAGAAAUGAUGAAGUCGGGCGGGGAGAAUGUGUUCUGCGCAGAGGUGGAGGAGGCAGUGAGAGCACACCCGGGAGUGGCGGCAGCAGCAGCGGCAGGGGUGCCAGAUGAGCGCAUGGGGGAGGCGGUUGCUGUGCUGCUGGUGCUGAAACCGGGAUGGGUGUGGUCGGGAGUCGGCAGUAAUGACAGUGGUGGUGGUGAUGCUGGCGGUGCUGGCGGUGCUAGUGAUGUCGGCAGGUUUGGUAGUGGUGGUGGCAGUGCAGCAAGGGCAGCUGCUGCUAAGAACGUGUCGUUGAGUGACUUGCAUGCUGCCUGCCAGCAGCACGGCCUUUCCAGACUCGGAAUAAGCCCGAGGCAGCACAACCAGAGACAGCAGCAACAGCAGCGGAGGUUGGUGGGCGUGUUCACAGUGCGGUCGAGUGCGGUAGAGAACGCGGCAGCUGAGACCAAUGUGACGGACGAAGGGAAGCAGCUGCAGCAGCGGAAGGCGGAGUGGGCGCGGGUGCGGGGGGUGGCGGAGAGGGGCGCAGUGGUGCGCGGGCGAGUGGUCUCCGCCAACGCGGGGGGGCUCAUGGUGCGCCUGGGCCCGCUGCAGGCGUUCCUGCCGCUCUCCCAGCUCGACCCCUCGCGUCUCAGAGGGACAGCAGCGUCGCCGGCCCCCAGUGUAGCGGACGUAACUCGAGGGCUGGUAGGCAGCAUGGUGGGGGUGAGAGUCCUGGAGUUGGACGAAGCCCGAACGCGUCUGGUGGUGUCGGAGAAGCGGGCAGCAGCAGGCAAGGGGCUGCCGCGCGUGCAGCAGGGGCGCGUGUACCCGGGCGUCGUCUCCUCGCUCACUGACUUCGGCGCCUUUGUUGACCUCUUCCAACCGGAGGGAGUCAGAGAGGAGGGAGACAAGGAGGGGGGCAAGGGGGGGGAGAAGGAAGGGGACAAGGAGGGCGCGUUUCUGGCGACAGGGCUGGUGCAUGUGUCUGAGCUCUCUUGGGACCCCGUUCGCUCGCCCGCUGAUGUGGUAGCUGUGGGGGAUACAGUCAACGCAUUGGUGCUGCAGGUGGAUAGGGAGAGGGAGCGAGUGGGGCUGUCACUGAAGCAGGUGCAGGCAGACCCGCUCCUCGAGACGCUAGACCGCUUGCUGCCCUUCCAACCCGCACCAGAUGCCACCUCCCCUUCUGCGUCCGCCCUUGAGGCGUCCUCUGCUGCUCCCUCCUCUCCCCUCCCCGGUGCCACCUCACCCCCUGCCCUACCUGGCCUGCUAGCUCUCUGCAACCAGCUCAGGCAGCAACCAGGGAUCGUGUCAGUGACGCUGGGAAGGCAGGCAGUGGAGCGACGGGUGGUGUCUCAGGACCUAGAGCUCUGGCUGUCCAAUGCGCCAGCAGCAGAGGGGCAGUUUGCACUGCUGGCACGAGCAGGCCGACUGGUGCAAGAGGUUCAAGUUGUUGCCACUUUGGAUCGGGAGCAAAUGAAGGAAGUGCUUAAGCAAAUCUCUUAG